AAGGCGGCUUUGUGCUUUUUAGCCGAUUUAAUUCCAGUCUCAAGUGUAGUUACGAUACAGAGAAGUUUACCAAUAACCGAUUGGUCUUCUAGAGAAGUGUUGAAGUUGUGUGGUAUUUAUUUUUUUGUCAUGCCAGGAUCACGUAACGACAGUGAAGAAUCAAGUACGAUGGACGUAGACGUGUCAUUGGUUUUCACAGCUUUGCUGUUGCUCUGCGCAUCCGCCUUCGCAACGCUGCUGUAUGUACACCGCCGAGGACCACGUCUUCCACCAGGUCCCCAUGGUCUGCCUAUAGUGGGCUUCUUACCUUGGAUUGACCCAAAUGCUCCUCAUCUGACCCUCACUCGCCUAGUUAAAGACUACGGUCGCAUCUACACGCUGAAGUUGGGGAGUGUGUUGACAGUAGUUUUAUCGGACCAUCGCCUUAUCAGAGAAGCAUUUGCUAAGGACAUCUUUACAGGACGAGCCCCGCUUUUUCUCACUCAUGGAAUCAUGAAUGGCUAUGGAUUGAUUUGUGCUGAAGGCGAACUAUGGAAAGACCAGCGUAAAUUUGUUACAACAUGCCUGAAGACCUUAGGCAUGGUUAAAUUUGGCGCUAGAAGGGAAAGAAUGGAGAACAGAAUAUCUGUUGGCGUGCAAAAGUGCCUUGAGAUGCUUCAGCAAAAGGAGACUGCAGGGGAACCUCAGGACGUUCUCCCAGUGAUAAUUCAUUGUAUAGGAAACGUGAUAAACUCAUUAGUUUUUGGUAUUGUCUAUGAAGAAAAUGAUCCCACGUGGAAAUGGUUGCAGCGUCUCCAGGAAGAAGGCACAAAACUUAUCGGCAUUGCUGGACCUGUAAAUUUUCUGCCAUUUGUAAGGUUCCUUCCGAAGUAUAAGAAGCAUAUGCAUUAUUUGCUUGGAGGGAAAGUGAAAACCCAUGAUUAUUAUCAGACCAUCAUACACGAUCACAUGAAGAGACGUAAGUCGACCCCAGACGACGGAGCAAAUUCUCCAAUAGACGAUAUAAUCGACGCUUUUCUAGACGAGAAAGAGCGGCGCGGAGAGGGAGAGGAUGGUUUAUACAGCACCCCUCAGUUGCACCAUCUGCUGUCAGACAUGUUUGGUGCCGGAGUGGACACCACCAUGACCACACUGUGGUGGUUUAUCCUCUUCAUGGCCGGUCACCCCGAUGCACAGAAGAGGGCACAGGAAGAAUUAGACGAUGUUGUUGGUACCCGCCUGCCUACUCUGGAUGAUCUCCCACUACUACCAUACACUGAAGCAGCUCUUUCCGAGACACAAAGGAUCCGAUCUGUUGUCCCAGUUGGAAUACCUCACGGAACAUAUGAGGCUACUACCCUAGGAGGGUACCACAUCCCAAAGGGCGCCAUGAUAGUUCCACUGCAAUGGGCUGUGCAUAUGGAUCCUAACUAUUGGUCAAAGCCAGAGUGCUUCAAUCCAGAAAGAUUUCUAACACACGACGGACGAUUCAACAAACCAGAAUUUUUCAUCCCCUUUCAGACAGGAAAGAGAAUGUGUGUUGGCGAAGAAUUAGCUCGAAUGUUGCUGUUUUUGUUUGGAGCGACCAUCAUUCACAAAUUCAACAUCAAGGCACCAGAGGGCGUUGACGUCGAUCUAGAAGGUAUCUGUGGUAUAACGCUUACCCCAAAACAUCAAAGACUGCUUUUCAGUCCUCGAUUUUGAAAAUGGAAUAGUAACGCAAAGCCCCAGCAUGCAUGCCAUUAUGAAAUAAAUGCUUAUUUCUUUAUCUGAAAUAGAAAAAAUAGUGUUCAUCUGUCAUGAAAUGAAUGUGAAAUGAGAUUUAGAAACAGAUGAUUAGACUUUCAUACUACAGAUCAGUGAUGUAGUUAGUAGAUUUCAGUUUAAGGGGUGAACAUCAUUAAUGUUGGAUUUUUGUAUAUGCGAAGUUACUUAUUAAAUUGAAGCCACAUUUUUUUAGUGUCUAUAACACAUGAUAAGUUCGUAUUUCCAAUGUCACCGUGUUCGUCUGUCUACCUUCAUUUAUAUUAUCAUCACUGUGGCUAAACGGGUCUUGUCGAAUUGUAACUAACGCCUUGAGAAGCUGACAGUCGCUCAGAUAGUUGAGAAACUUCCAGAUUUUUGUUUGAAACCUGUAGGUUUAUUACGAUGUUAACAAGAGCCCGCCGCGUCCAAGGCCCUGUGUAACAUUUCACAAGAUGCUGAUCUUCUAUGGUAAAGAUUUAUUUGUGAGCUCACCCCCCCGACCUCACAAGCUGGAGGGAUACCACGUGUCGGCUGUCUACAACUGUUUUUUUGGAUAUUUAUAUGUAUAUUGCUUAUAGUCGUUACUCUAAUUAUUGAAUGAUUAACUUUGGACCAAAUUUCACAUGAAAAAAAUUGUACUUGUCGUAAAAUGUUAAUUUGCAUAUAUUUAAAAUAAUUGUUGAUUAAGUCGAUUAAUAUUUGACGUAAAAUGCAUAGCCACUAAUGAAGUAUGUUUGUUACGUCAUGUGUUAUCUAUGGAUGUUCUUUUCGCUUAAUGGUCUUCAAAGAUUGAAGUGUCUUAAUGAAUGCACGUGUAUGAAGUGCGCCUGUUUUGAUAGGCUGUGUACUUUGUCAAUGUUUUUUUUACUUCCCUGUUUAUGUAUGGACCUGUCUAUUUCGUUGGCUCCCUGGUACUGGGGUCGCGAGUUAGAAUUCCGCGCAAGGCAUGGUUCUUUGUCCUCGUCUGUAUUUUUUUGCCCUGUGUAAGCAAAGGCCUUGCAGUGGGGUGAUCACACUGUCAAACAUUUUAAUUGUUUCAUAAUUUUAUAAAGUAAUUCUGAAUUGGAACAGACCACAAAGCUUAAUCCGUAAAGUCUGAUUAUGAUGAUGAUGUGUAACCUGAGUACUUAAUUCCUAAUGUGUUAGUUUUUCUUGCUUAUGUGCUAAAGUCGUAUGCAUGUCCUGAAUAUAAACACAUAUGAACUGUGCAACAUUUGUUCUGGUAUAUUUGUUGAGUUAUUUAGCUUUAAGAUGGCUGUCUUCUGGGUUGUUGCGCCGUAUAGUCUGAUGAAUGAGGCAACAACGACCUCUGCAACGUCGGUGAACUUCUACCAGACUACAGAAGACAGCCAUCUUCAGGCUCACUGCCACGAAAACCGCAAAUCCUACUUAUUUAGCUUUAAUUUCUCACUUCACCCUUUGUUACUGUUGUGGAUAGUUCAUGUUUAUUUCUUUCUGAGUCACAAGUUCAUUAUUAUUACAAUUAUUAUUAUAUAUUAUUAUUUCGGUGACUGUAAAUAUUAAAAUAAACAGUAGAAUGGUAUGACAUGUGGGAAAUACAUGAAUAAAAAUAUAGAUCUUUAUAAAUUGUAAAAUGUGGGGAUUGUUUACUGAACCUACUUAUAAUUUUAAUUGCUGUCGGUUUGUUACAGUUCUGCUGAAUUUGUUAAAUUACUUUAAUUCACUGUAUAACAUAUCUUUAUUAAAGAGUAAUCUAAGUGUAA